AUGACGACGUUGACACCGCCAUGCGGGCUCAAGCUCUCGUUCUUCCGCCACUUUAUCGAGGCGCAUGGCGGGCCGUCCGCGUUCCAAGGCCUCUCAACCGCCGACGUCUGCGUCCAGUACGUCAUGCCGUACACCGCCUCGAUGCAAUCGUCGGUCGUCGACCACGUGGCGCUGACAUCCCCGUCCUUCGCAUCGGACGCGACGUGGUACGUCUCGCACGCGUGGCAGUACCUCUUCCUCGACACGCUCGCGUCGCUCGAGGCCUUCUUCGCCGCCAAAAACAUCGCGGAUCCGUCUCUGUGGUUUUGCCUCUUCAACAACAACCAGCACCGGACCCACGACAAGCUUUUCGACUGGUGGGCCACCACGUUCCACGAGUCGCUCGCGGCCAUUGGCAACGUCGUCAUGGUGCUGCACCCGUGGAAGAACCCAACGGCGUUAACGCGCGCGUGGUGCGUCUAUGAGGUCUACGUGGCGAUCUGCGUCGGCGCCAAUUUCGAGCUCGCGCACAUGGACCGCGCCGCGUUCUUGCGCGAUAUGCAGACCAGUCCCGGCACGUUCUUGGAGAUGCUAAGUACGAUCCGCAGCGAGAAGGCGCAGGCGACGGUGGCCUCGGACAAGGCCAGCAUCGACCGCGCGAUCGUCGACCAAGUCGGGUAUACGAAGCUCGACCGGAUGGUCUUUACGCUUCUCGAGUCGUACGUCAAGGACACGCUGCGCAUGCAGAUGGAGACUGCCACCAACGACGCCGACAAGGCGCUCUGGGCGAGUGCGCUCGCCGAGACGCACCAUGUCCUCGGCGAAAUGCCGUUGGCGCGCGAUUGGUACAUCGCGUCCACUGCGUACGGUACCGCUGGGCUCGGCCUUCACCACGAGCGCACGCUCACGUCGCGUGGGGCCGCGGCGCUCAUGCGCGGUCUCCUCAUGGAGCCUCGGGCGGUGUGGGAGCCGGAGCUCGUCGCCACCAUCGACGCCGCCAAAACGCACCAACGCGACGAGAGCGACGCGCUCAGCAUCGCGCUGCACAGCCUCAGCGUGCUCUACACCCACCACGCACUCCACGAAGAGGCCGUGCCGAUGGCGCAAGCGUGCUACGACCGGCUCGUGCGCACAAAAGGCCUCGACGACCUCGACACAAUCACGACGAUGGGCCAUCUCGGCAUCGCGUACCACCGCGUCGGCAACGUGGCGAAGGCCGAGAGUUACCUCCUCCUCGCCUACGAGCGCAAGGUCGCCGUGCUCGGUGACGACCACGCGCGAACCUUGGCGUCGCUGCAGCACCUCAUGACGCUCUACAACGAGCAAGGCAACGUCGAGCGUGCGAUGCCACUGGCGUUAACGGCCACCGAACGUCUUAGCCGCGUGCUCGGGGCGUCGCAUGAGAACACGGUCAUUGCCAAAUUCACCUUGGCCGAGCUCCAUCGCAAGCAAGGCCAGUUUGCUGAGGCCGAGGCGCAGCUAUUGUCGCUGCUCGAGGUGGCCAAGUCGACGUUUGGCGACGACACGAUCAACGUUGUGUACAUUGAAAUGUUUCUCGGCAUGGUUCAUGUCUCGACCAAGCAGUUUGCCACAGCGGCCAAGUACUUGGACCACGCAGUGGAGAAGCGACUUGCGUGGUAUGGGCCCACGAGCCCGAUGUACGAGGUGGUCCUUCUGCGGCAGUACUGGCUCCGGCAGCUCGCGCAUCAGUUCGACUCAGUCGACGCCAUCGAUGUCUUCCUUGCGGCGCUAAACGCGGCCAACAUCACACACGACAGCUGGGGCUCGACGCGCUGCGUCGUGUGCACGACCAAGAUCCAAGGCGCCUUGCACUACUGCGGCACGUGCCCGCCUUUUCUGCGCUACUUUUGCGCCAACUGCGUCGACGCAAGUGCGUCGACGUACUGCAGUCACGGCCGCGAUGCGUGUACGAGCCUAGCGCCACCGUCGCAAGCGUUGGCGGCCCAGCGGCUGUCGCUACUGGCACCAUUGGUGGACCCGCCGCAUGUGAGCGAAGCGAUCGUGAGCUCACGUCGCCGAUAG